AAAACAUGCUAAUAGCUUGUGAUAAAUAAUUUCAUCGUUUCUCAGCCAAAUGGCAUUUGAUUUUUAUUUUUUUCUCAAUUAAUUUGAAUUUUAUUUUUCAUUUGAUUUGCCAAAAUGUCAUUCAAAUUUGUCUGAGACUUAACCGGCUGAUAACACAUUAUUCACAUUUUUCAUUUGUGAAUUUAUUUAUGAAAAAUUUACAAACGAAAAAAGUCAAAAGUUAUAAAUAAAUAAAUAUAAUAAAUAAAUUUUCUAGUCGAUAAUUAUUAAUUUUAUUGUCUUUUUACAAUUUUAUAUUCUUGUUUUUCUUGGUCAAUAAUUUUUGCAGUUGAGCAAUUAUUCUUAUUAUUUUUGCUAUAGAAAUAUUUCGAUUUUCACUUGCGAAAAUUGCAAUCUACAACAAUAUCAAUAUUAAUUAUUCAAUAUAUUAACAGCAAUUAAUAAAUUUUCUUCCUAAAAAUAAAAAUAUAACAAAAAUAUUAUAAAAAAAAUUAUAAAAUAAAAAAAAAACAAUCAACAACUCAAUACACUUGUUAAUAAAAUCAGAUAAGAUAAAAUCUUUUCGAUAAACCUUAAACCACCAAAAAAAAAAAAUAAAAACAAUAAAUUAAAUUAAAUAAAAUUCAACUGAAACCAAGUCACAUAAUAAUUAUCAACUGAUAAUAAAAAAUAGAUAAUAAAAAUAAAAACAAGGGAAAAAAAAAAGGAAAAUAUAAAUUCCACAUCAAAGUAGAGAGAAAAAAAGAAAAAAAAAAAAAAUAUACAAUUUCACGACAAGGACAUUAGAUGAAUAAUAAAUACAACAAUAUAUAAAAAUAAAUUUUUAUAAAUUUAAACAAAGGGGUGUAAAAUUUUAAGCGCCAUUGAACAAGGGUAGAAAAUAUUAAUACACAAAAGCUCAACAGUGUGCAACACUCAAGGACAUUAAAUGACAAAUUUAUAAAUGCGCCUGCGUUAAUGCAACCUGGACAUGUCUGUUAAAUAUAUAUUUUUUUUUCGUGUGCGUAUAAUAUCGAUCGUUUUUACCCUUAUAUUACCCUGAUGUACAUACAACCCUCUAUGUUCUAUGCGCAAUAACAAAAGCGUCACACGUGCCCCACCCCAAACAGGAGCAAACCAACAAGCUGCCUGCAAAACCCAGGUAUAUUUACAUCCCCAAUAUCCAGGGGGUACAAAUAAAAAUUUUAAAAAAGCUUGAAUAAAUUAUUUUACACUCAUUUAAAUUACAUAGAAAUAUUUCUAACAGAAAUUUUCUGUCCUAGAAAAUAUAAUAGUAAUAAUCUCACGCAGAUUUUUUUUUUUUUUUUUUCUGUUGCACGUUUACGAUAUUGUACUAUACCUACCACUUUUGAGCUCAGUGAUAGCUUAGAGUUUGUACUGUUCACAUCAUAACUGAGCUAAAUUAAAAAAACAAUUUGGAAAUAUUUCUAAACAUUUUUUAUAUAUUAGAAAUUGACAACAGUAAUUUAGAAAAAAGGAGAGAUUUAAAUUCGAAUUGAAUUGAAUUGAUAUUUUUCUAUAAUUUAUUUGGAGAAAUAAUUAUAAAUUUUUUUAUAAUUUCAAUUAUAAAUAAUUGUGUAAUUUUAGAGGAAUAUUAGUUUAGAAUUAAUAGAUAAAAUAGGGGUUGAAAAAAAAUUUAGUUAAAAUUUAUAUUGUGUGUUUUUUAAAUUGUAUGAAAUUGUGUACCACACCCUGUCUAUUCAAUUCGGCUCAUCCAGCUUCUUUUUUGAUAUUCACUUUGGGAAAUAGUCAACUAAAAAAAAUAUUUAUCUAACAAUAAAAUAGAUUGAUUAUUAAAUUUAUUAAUAAUAUUGGCAUCAAGUGGUUGAAUACUUGCCAAAUUACAAUUUUUACAAUAAAACAAAAAAACAAGUUAAACAGUGAAUAAUUAAAAUUUAAAAUUAAAUAACGCGGUAAAUUUAUUUGUCAAAUUGUUUAUUUAUUUGUUUAUUUGAAUUAUUAAAUUUAUUAAUAAUCAUGGGUGGAUGUACGUCAAAGGACACAGCAUCAAGUGAUGAUAAAAAAAAUACAAUGGUUGACCAAGCAGUAUUGGACAAAUUGGAAGCUGGCUAUGCCAAGCUUGCUGCAUCAGACAGCAAAUCUUUGUUGAAGAAACAUUUAACUAAAGAAAUAUUUGAUCAGCUUAAAACUAAAAAAACAUCAUUUGGAUCAACACUAUUGGAUGUUAUUCAAUCUGGUCUUGAAAAUCAUGACUCUGGUGUUGGUAUUUAUGCACCAGAUGCUGAAUCAUACACUGUUUUUGGUGAUUUAUUUGAUCCAAUCAUUGAUGACUAUCAUGGUGGAUUUAAAAAAACUGAUAAACAUCCACCAAAAGAUUUUGGUGAUGUUGAUACCCUUGGAAAUCUUGACCCAACUGGUGAAUUCAUUGUCUCAACUCGUGUAAGAUGUGGUCGUUCACUUGAGGGUUAUCCAUUCAAUCCAUGUUUAACUGAAGCUCAAUACAAAGAAAUGGAAGACAAAGUAUCAAGUACAUUGUCAGGACUUGAUGGAGAACUUAAAGGAACAUUUUAUCCAUUAACUGGAAUGAGCAAAGAUGUACAACAAAAACUUAUUGAUGAUCAUUUCUUGUUUAAAGAAGGUGAUCGUUUUCUUCAAACAGCAAAUGCAUGUCGUUAUUGGCCAACUGGACGUGGUAUUUAUCACAAUGAUGCUAAAACUUUCCUUGUUUGGUGCAAUGAAGAAGAUCAUCUUCGUAUUAUUUCCAUGCAAAUGGGUGGUGAUCUUGGACAAGUUUAUCGUCGUUUGGUAACAGCUGUUAAUGAUAUUGAAAAACGUUUACCAUUUUCUCACAAUGAUCGUUUUGGAUUUUUAACAUUCUGUCCAACAAAUUUGGGAACAACUGUUCGUGCAUCAGUACAUAUUAAAGUACCAAAAUUAGCAGCAAACAAAGCUAAGCUUGAAGAAGUUGCUAGUAAAUUUAAUCUUCAAGUACGUGGUACACGUGGUGAACACACUGAAGCCGAAGGUGGUGUUUAUGAUAUUUCAAAUAAACGUCGUCUUGGUUUGACUGAAUAUGAUGCAGUCAAAGAAAUGCAUGAUGGCAUUGCUGAACUCAUCAAAAUUGAAAAAGAAUUAUAAAUUUAAUUUUUCAACUGUCAACAACAAUUCCCCCCCCAAGUUGUAUCGAUAUAUAUUUUCUUUUUUUUAAUUUAUUUUAAAAAUUGAACAAAGUAUAUUUCACAAUGUCGAUGGUAAUUACUAUUUUUGUUUCAAAAAGUAAAUUUAUUUAUUAAGUAUUUAAUGAUCAAAAAAGAUAAAUCAAAUUUACUAUUUUUUUUUUUUUUUGUUUUAUUCCAUCGACUCUCUUGGGUGGUGCUUUAACAACCCGUUAUGUUCCUUAUUGAUUUUAUGCCAAAUUAAAGAAAAUAAAAUAAUAACAGAAAAAGAAAAAUUUAAAAAUAAUAAAUUAAUUAAAAAUUAAGCAGUGUGUACUAUAAAAAGUGCAGCAA